GAGAGUAGCAAGGCAAGAGCUCCCUCCACGUUGAAAUAUGCAAUUCCUCAAUUCCUCAAUUCUUCAAUUCUUCAAUUCCUAGUUAGAUUUAGAGGUUUUCUGAUUUCCUGAUUUCCUGAUUAUUCUGAUUUCCUGAUUUCCUGAUCUCCUAGAUCCCUAGUGGUCAAGAGCAAAUCAAAAGAGCAAAUCAAGCAAGCCAAGCCCAAGCAAUGCAACCUCUUCUUUCCUACCUCCAUACUUUCAUACUUUCUUUUUAAACUCUCUCCUCUCCUCUCCUCCCCUCCCCUACCUCUCUACUACCGUACAUCUACAUCUACAUCUACAUCUCCCUCUUCCUUAUCUCACCACAUCUUCACAACUCCGGGCUUUCCUUUUUGUGUUUCAUAAGAUUGGAUCAUAUUCAAACUUCUUUGGAGGGGACAUCUUUUUUCUUAUCUUCAAACUGCCAUACGAAUCUCACAAUUGGCAUUCACGACUUUGGUCUCAUUUUCUUCUUCUACACUCUCGUACAUAUUCAAAUCGUAACAAGCACAGUUGACGGCUUCACUGUCUUUGACCAGCUUGGCGUUUUUUAAUUUUCCACAUCUACUAUCACACGACAAUCAUAAUAUCUAAUAUCAAACAAGAAUCCAGAGGGUCCGGUACUCCCAGUCAGGCUCACCUCAAAUUUACCUGUCAGUGAAUGAUACGAUCCAAAUCAUUUGAUCGUACCAAAGAGACAAUACCUGGUUCGAACUCUCCCUCGAGGACACUCUUUUCUUCUUCACCAAAUAUUCACGGUCUAGAUCUCCAGACAUUCGGAUCUACCACGCUCAAUUGAUUACAUGCCAUACCUCGUUGGAAAUUGACCUUCACAACAUACCUAAUUCCUCAAAGUUCUGCAUUACAUUCGACAUUCAUCACUUGAGAGUUCGACUUGUGUGUUUGGCCCUUGGCUGACUUUGAGACCCCCACUUCCUGAAGAUACUUUAUUCUCUUACCAAUCAUGUGGUCCUUCAAUUUCGUCUUGCUCGCAUUAUUUGCUCUCUUCCAAUUUUCCAUAGCAUUUUACCCUUUUGUCCCAGAAUGGAGGCGCCAAUCAUACAAGUCUCUCCCAGAUACAUCCGAGAGAAGCGGGAAAAGUCGUGAGAACAAUGUUGUACUCAAGCUUUUCCAAACGCUCCCAUCUACCAAUAAACCCAGAGAUGUUCAGAUUCGCGAGCUAACAGAUCGACUUAUUCGCAAAUAUAACCCUGGAACGGGACUUAAAGCUACUAAAGUCGAAGAGCGUGGAUCCAAUCUUGUGAAAUAUGACGACACAUCAUUAUCGAUUCAAACUGCAGCAACUCCUUCACAGACGAACAGCGCAGGAAUUCUGCAGACCGGAACUGAUUUCUCUUAUUUUGCUCAGGUGGAACUAGGGAGCAAGAAUGAUCCUCUGUUGAUGUUGCUCGAUACAGGAGCGGGAACAAGUUGGGUUAUGGGUCCCGAUUGCACCUCUAGUGCAUGCAAGACUCGUGCUUCCUUCGGUGCAGCAGAUUCUUCGACUUACAAAGCGGUCAAUAUGGAUUUGGAUAUUGCGUACGGAUCCGGUCAUGUUACUGGAACAUAUGCUACCGACACGAUCAAUUUUGCUGGCAUGAGUCUUCCUUUGACUCUAGGUAUUGCCAAUAAAACUAGUGAUCAGUUCAACUCUUUCCCGUUCUCCGGCAUUCUAGGGCUAUCCCAACAGACUGGUCCGGUUCCCAAUUUCUUACAGACCGUUGUUAGCUCGAAGUCUCUCAAGGCCAAUGUAUUUGGAAUGGACUUGAACCGUGCCUCGGAUGGUACGAAUACUGGAGAAAUUAACUUCGGUGCUCCAGAUACUUCACGGUAUAGUGGUGAUCUAAGUUAUACAAGUGUCGCAAAAAACGGUCCAAAUCAUUGGGCACUUCCUCUUGAUAAGGUGGGAGUUGGCAAUACUCAACUUAGUACUACCGGGAGACUGGGCUACCUCGAUAGUGGAACAUCUUAUAUUUUUGGGCAACCAACAGAUGUGAUAGCAUUUCAUGCACUUGUACCCGAUGCUGUUACCACAGACAAUAACACAUGGACAGUACCUUGUUCUACCACCACAUCUAUCUCCUUUACCUUCUCUGGAGUUUCCUAUGAUGUUUCUUCUGUAGAUUGGGUAGGGCCUUCGGUGGAUGGGGUGUGUACAAGUAAUGUCUAUGCUGUGGCUGUGGUUGACACAAACUCGUGGUUAAUUGGCGAUACCUUCUUUAAGAACGUGUAUGCCUUGUUUGACGUUGAUCAAGAUCGUGUUGGUUUGGCGCAGAAGAAAGCUGUUACAUCCUCGGCAACAUCGACGUCUUCUUCUGGUGGGCUUACCUCUACUCUUACUCCUACCCCUACUGCACAAGAACCCGUAGAUAGAACUAGCACUUCCAUUGUCGAUUCUACCAGCGUCGUUCUUUCUGGCUCUGGAUCCACAGUUACCACUUCUGCUUCUGAAUUUUUAUCUAACACACACUCCCUAGUUUCUGCUGUUCAAACAGGAACCUUGAAUCCUUUACUCCCGGGAGCAUCAGCCUCACCUAGCGCUCAGUCUCCUGGGACAACUGUGUCGGCGUCAUCAUCUGUGACUGCUACUGCCACUCAAACUUCGAGUGGGAACCAGAUUAAUAAAUACUCUUCUUUGAUGACUGCUUUCGUCAUCAUUGCAACAACUCUUCUUUUUUAGUCAAAAAUGAUACCCAAGUCUUUCUAAAAUAUGGAGAGAUCAAUCCGGAGCACUUGAUUUUAUAUUUUUUGUAAGAAAUCGGACAGCAUAGUAUGGCAUAGCAUAGCAUAGCAUAUGGAGCAUGGGUUUGCAAUUAUGGCACGACAAUGACUGAAUUGAAUAAAAGUCAAUUUUACAUAGAGAGGAUUCAAAAUAAACAAGAUUUCUUCCGGGUAUGCUGAUUAUGAUGCAAUCUAUAUGGUUUAUUUG